CUUCCUCUCGCUUUGGGCUGGGCUUCGUCGCCAGUGCGCGUGCGGCGACGGGGCGGAGGGGGAGAGAGCGCGAGAGGAGGCGAUAAGUGCGCGUGCGCACUGCGGGCUGGGUUGCAGCAGGCAGCGGCGGCGGCGGCGGCGGUUGAGCUCGCGGGCGGCGGUUUCCACAACAUCUGAUCCACCAUGGCUGAUGACCUAGACUUCGAGACCGGCGACGCCGGGGCCUCCGCCACCUUCCCCAUGCAGUGCUCCGCCCUCCGCAAGAAUGGCUUUGUGGUGCUCAAAGGGCGUCCCUGCAAGAUUGUGGAGAUGUCCACUUCCAAGACGGGCAAGCACGGCCAUGCCAAGGUGCAUCUUGUGGGCAUAGACAUCUUCACUGGGAAGAAAUACGAAGACAUCUGCCCCUCAACUCACAACAUGGACGUGCCCAACAUCAAGAGAAAUGACUUCCAGCUUAUUGGGAUCCAGGAUGGCUACCUUUCUCUGCUCCAGGACAGCGGGGAAGUCCGGGAGGAUCUGCGUCUCCCUGAGGGAGAACUGGGCAAGGAGAUUGAACAGAAAUACGACAGCGGAGAAGAAAUCCUGAUCACCGUUCUGUCUGCAAUGACUGAGGAAGCCGCUGUCGCUAUCAAGGCCAUGGCCAAAUAGAAGAACCACAGGCAGCAGCCGCAGCAGCCGCUCCAACUUGUUAUGAACCAGAGAGGAUCGCAACCCGCAGACUGUCAGAUUUGGCUCCAAACCACCCGAAUCUUUUUUUUUUCUCUUUCCCUUCCUUUGAAACGAAAACAGAAUCCUCCCGCUCCUCCCUUUUGAAUUAAACAAAAGAAAACCAA